AUGAGGGCAUUGUGGUUUAAGCGGCCGGUCCUCAUUUUGGGAGCUAUUGUGAUCCUCUUCUACUUGGGCUUGAUUGUAAAGAGUGGACAUGAGACCGCAGUGGGAACUGUUACAGAUCCGGACGCAGGGCGCAUAAUCAAGCGGUUUUCUGACCUGGAGGAGGGGAUCAACAAACUCUACAAUGUAAUGCAAGAUUUUGGGCAAAAGCAGGAUGCCAUGCAGAAAAUGCUUGCAGACGGCAAAACCAGAGCAAGGACACCGCCAGAGAACAAAUCAACACCAGAUGAAAAGCAUAAAGUGUUCCCUGACUCUGCCCUGUUCAAAAAGUGGGGAGACAAUCUGUCUGAAGAUGACCAAAAGGAGGCACAGGCCUUGUUUGAGAAAUAUGGAUACAAUGUUUUUCUCAGCGACCGCCUUCCUCUAGAUCGAGCUCUUCCAGAAACCAGGGAUUCAAGAUGUGUGAACAGUGUGAACAAGAGUUACCCAAAGGACCUGCCAAGUAUUGGAGUAGUGCUGAUCUACCUAAAUGAGGCCCUCUCAGUCAUCAAAAGAGCCCUGCGCAGCAUUAUUGACCGCACUCCCAAAAACCUGCUGAAGGAGAUAAUAAUGGUGGAUGACAAUAGCUCCAAUGAGAACCUGCAGGGCGACCUUGACCUGUACGUGAAGUCGCUUGAGCAGGAGAACCCAACUAUUAGUUUCAUAAGAGUGAGGCAUAGCGAGCAGCGAGGGCUUUCAUAUGCCAGGGCUUCUGGGUGGAGGGCUGCCACUGCUGAUGUUGUGGCCAUUCUGGACGCACACAUUGAAGUCCAAGUUAUGUGGGCUGAACCCUUACUCACACAGAUCAAAGCCAACCGAACGGUGGUGGUGUCUCCUGUGUUUGACAGAGUCAACUUCGAUGACCUCGAGGUUAUUAACUAUGUUGCGUCAGCACAGGCCUUCGACUGGGCUUUGUGGUGCAUGUAUGAAAGUUUCAUGCCUGAGUAUUACAAGCUCAAAGACGACUCUCUGCCUGGGAAGAGUCCAUCAGUUAUGGGGAUCUUUGCUGCUGACAGGAAGUUCCUUGGGGAAAUUGGAGUCCUUGAUGAAGGAAUGAAAGUUUAUGGUGGAGAAAAUGUUGAACUGGGAAUUCGUGUGUGGACAUGUGGAGGGAGUGUUGAAGUGGUUCCGUGCUCCAGGAUUGCACACAUUGAGAGGUCCCACAAGCCCUACCUGCCUGACCUGAGUAUUGCCAUGAAGAGAAAUGCCUUGAGGGUAGCAGAAAUCUGGAUGGAUGAAUACAAACACAACGUCAACUUGGCUUGGAACUUGCCAUUUGAGAAUCAUGGAAUUGACAUCGGAAAUAUCACUGAGAGGAAACAUCUCAGAGAAAGGUUGAACUGUAAACCUUUCAAAUGGUACCUGGAAAAUGUGUAUCCCAAGCUGGAUUCCUGGGACAACCUACUUGCCUAUGGAGGAAUGAAGAAUCUUGAUGCUAACAUGUGCCUGGACCAAGGGCCUGUGCCAGGUCACACACCUAUCGCCUACAAUUGCUAUUAUUAUGGACCUCAAUUCACAUAUUAUCGUGCAAAUGGUGAGCUCUACAUCGGUGGCAUUAAGUCCCACAAGUACAAUGACAACCGGUGUUUAACUGACACUGGCAGCAAAGAAACUGAGCCUGGCCUUUUCAACUGCAAAGAGGCUAUGCAGAAAGGAAUGGGCAUUAACUGGGACUUCACUCAGGGCAAAGAACUGAAGAACAAACAAACAAAAAGAUGUCUUGAAAUUACAAAAGGUCAACUUUUAAUACAGGAAUGCUCAGGCCAAAGAUGGGAAAUCCAACACAUAAUCAAAGCCAGUGUGUGGCCAACGGGAAGUUAACAUCUCCACUCAUAGGUCAGUGGGUGUUAAUGC